AUGUCCAUCUCCCCACGCAAGAACCGCAUCGUAGUUUUCAGCGGCGGCAGCGCGGCAAACAACCUUAUAGACGUCUUCAAGAACCUUUGCGGAAACUCCCGCUCCCUGGACUUUAUCCUGCCUAUAUCCGAUAAUGGCGGCAGCACGUCCGAGAUAUUGCGUGUGUGCGGGGGGCCGGGAAUUGGCGAUGUUCGGAGUUAGUUUCCUCCGACCCAGACCUUCCUUCCCCCCCCUUCUCGCAUCCGGGCUAACCUGGGAAGUGUGGCGGAGUUGAUUAGGUCGUCUGGUAAGACUCGCUCCGGAAGGUAUGGAUGGGGAACGCAGCGCUAUCCGGAAUCUCCUGAACUACAGGCUACCCGCCGAUCCUGGUACGGCGCGAUUGGAAUGGUACGGGAUCGUGGAGGGAACGCAUGUCCUUUGGAAGGGGGUGAGCCAUUUCCCCCUGUACUUGUGCCAUACCCCUCCCCACUUCCUCGCCACCUAACACCCCCAGAUCCCCUCCGAAAAGCGCGAGCUCCUCCGCUCCUUCUUCAACCACCUAAACCUCGAACUCUUAAAGCGCCAACGCCCAACAACCCACUUCAACUUCCACAGCGCCUCAACGGGGAACCUGUUCCUGACCGGCGCCCGCUUCUUCACGGGUUCCUUCGAGUCGGCUAUAUACCUCUUCCACUCGAUAACCGGCGUCCCAUCAAACAUCUGUGUGAUCCCGGCAAUUAAUUCCAACCACGCGCACCACAUAGCAGCAGGUCUCGCAGAUGGGUCCGUUAUUAUCGGGCAGAACGAGAUCUCGCACCCGAGCGCUUCGUCUGCUUCGCUGCUUUCGCCACAGGAUACUCCCGCAGGGUCGGACGCGGGUGGCAGUGGCGCUGACGGCGAGGAGGAAGGGGAAGGGGGGGACAAUUUGCCCGGAUCGUUGGCAUCGCUGAGAAGUCAGAAUAUUGUGUUUUCAAAGGGGCACGAGGAUAAUGAGGAGUUGUCGGAUAGGAUUGAGAGGAUUUGGUAUAUAAAUUUAUACGGGGAGGAGAUAAGGCCUCCGGCGAACCCAAAGGUUAUCAGUUCCUUGGGGUCGGCCGGGGCGGUAAUUUACAGCAUUGGGAGUUUGUACACAAGUCUUAUGCCUUGCCUUGUCCUCCGGAAUAUUGGCAAGGCAUUAGCAGAGAGUGGGAGGGACACGCCCAAAAUAUUGCUGCUGAAUGGGUCGCAUGAUCGGGAGACAGGACCAGAUCAUGAUGAGUUUACGGCUACGGAUUUCGUGAGGGCUAUUGUACGGGGGUGCACCUCCUCUAUGGGGGAGAAGGAAGGUCGGGAGGUCGGGUGGAACAGGUUCGUUACGCAUCUCAUCUACCUGGAGGGAAACGGGGCUCCUGUCGUGGAUACAGUCGAGUUGAAAAGGACGGGGAUCGAGUGUAUGAGGGUUUAUGGGAGGAAAAAUCCCGAUGGGGAGGGGAGGGGGAUGCUGUAUGAUCCUACGGCUCUCGCUCAGACCCUUGAGACCAUUCUAGCUGCGAGAACCAAGAGGACCGACGCCAGGAGGAUGACCGCGGACGCAUAUGGGAGGUCGCUGUGA